AAGGCUACAGGUGCCUUUAUUUCCACUGUACACUGGUGCUGGGAGCGCCUGCCUUCUCUUGCCUUGAAAGCCUCCUCUUUGGACCUAGUCACCGCUGUCCUCACGGCGAGAAGCCCAUGGGCCUGUCCCUCUGACUGUGUGGACCCUCCCUGUGCACAUUUGGUGAGUGAGCCGGCUCUCAGAGGGGUUAGGAAGCCCCUGGAGUCAUCGGGGACCUCCGCCUCCAUGCCAUCGCUGUCUCAUUCCGAAAGGGUGAUGUUGGACUCAGUGACACACAGCACCUUCCUGCCCAACACGUCCUUUUGCGACCCGCUGAUGUCGUGGACUGAUCUGUUCAGCAAUGAAGAGUAUUACCCUGCCUUUGAGCAUCAGACAGCCUGCGACUCGUACUGGACAUCCGUCCACCCUGAGUACUGGACUAAGCGCCACGUCUGGGAAUGGCUCCAGUUCUGCUGCGACCAGUACAAGUUAGACAUCAACUGCAUCUCCUUCUGCCACUUCAACAUCAGCGGCCUGCAGCUGUGCAGCAUGACCCAGGAGGAGUUCGUCGAGGCGGCCGGCAUCUGCGGGGAGUACCUGUACUUCAUCCUCCAGAACAUUCGCUCGCAAGGUUACUCCUUUUUUAAUGAUGCUGAAGAGACCAAGGCUGCCAUCAAAGACUAUGCUGAUUCCAGCUGCUUGAAAACAAGUGGCAUCAAAAGUCAAGACUGUCACAGUCAUAGUCGAACGAGUCUGCAGAGUUCUCAUCUAUGGGAAUUUGUACGAGACCUGCUUCUAUCUCCUGAAGAAAACUGUGGCAUUCUGGAAUGGGAAGAUAGGGAACAAGGUAUUUUUCGGGUGGUCAAAUCAGAAGCCCUGGCAAAGAUGUGGGGACAAAGGAAGAAAAAUGACAGAAUGACGUAUGAAAAGUUGAGCAGAGCUCUGAGGUACUACUAUAAAACGGGAAUUUUGGAACGGGUUGACCGAAGGUUAGUGUACAAGUUUGGAAAAAACGCACACGGGUGGCAGGAAGACAAGCUAUGAUCUGCUCCAUCAUCAAGCUCAUGCUAUGGAUUUCUGUCGUUUAAAAUAAUCAGAUUGCAAUAGACAUUGGAAAGUCUUUGUUUUCGUGUUUUAAACCUGCAAAAGUGCUGAUAAAAUUUCUCCACAUCUCAGUUUACGUUUGGAUUCAGAGUUGUUGUUGUCUACUUGGGGGUAAUAGCAGCAACCCUUAAGAAACUUUUUUUGCCACCCGAGAGGAGGAUGGGUACCUUGAGCAAAUAUUACUUCCCAAAUCAAGAGUGCAGAACCACAAUAGCCAGCGCCAUGGGUGCUGCACAGAGACAAGGGACCCACUUCUGCCAUGAGACUCAUCUCGUGCUCCCAUUCCAAAGGUUCCAAAGUUUUCACACAUUUAAAUUGUGGCAGCUCACAAAGGGGGAAAAAAAAGUCAUUCGUUGGUAGUUAACAUGGUAGGAGGGGGUGAGAUGUAAGACAAACAUACUGUCGAUUUUAAAUCGUAAAAGUCAAAUUCCAUAGAAAAGCUUCUUAAUCGGUAAAAGGGCUAAGCCAUCGAGCUGGUACGGCAUCAGAUUUAGCGUAGGCCAAGAGUAAGUUUCUUAACCAGGACAUCUUUGCGGUCACUCAGCAAACUCCCACGGCCAUUUGUCUAGAGCAGGGGUGUCCAAACUUUUUUCAACGUUUUUCACCAAGGGCCAUAUGCAGUAAAAUACCCAAACAGCCGGGCCACUCACUCGAGGUGAAGUACGUAGUGCCUCACCUGGUUUAUUUAAGUAAACUAAAUAUAUUUUUGGAAUUUGUUGCGGGUCAAUUAAAAAUGGAUUGCGGGCCGCAGUUUGGACACCCCUGGUCCAGAGUAACUUAACAUCAGGCAUACUCUUGAUUCUUGCUUAAUUUAUUCCCCUCUUCUCCUACUGGUGGGGUGGCAUCCGGUAGGCAAAGAGCUAGUCAACAGACACUUGCACCAAUUUCCAAAUCAUUGCUGUUUCUCUGAUUCAAGCUCGCGACACAGUAAAAUCAUAAUUCAUCGAUUCUGUCUGUGGCCAAAACGUUCAAUCUUCAUAGAACUGGAACUCUCCUGACGACUCUGUAAUGGCCAAUUCAAUUACGUCUCAUUUUGUCUUCUUAUUUGACGUGUACUCGAGCUCCAAAACAUGUAUUUCCUUGACAAAAAUAGCAACAGUGAAUUUACACCAGGAAACGUUCACGGGUUCAAGUCUGCACUGACGUUUCUCAUCAGUCACUGUAGGUAAGCCAUUAGGGACCUAUAACUAGGUGGACGGCCCGGGACUUCCCCUUCACCAGAGCAGGAAGCUCCAUGUGACAAGGCACUGAACCACACACAAUACAGGCUGAGGACCUCCAAACUUAGAGUUUAACUUCAAAAGGUACUUGUUUUAAAAAAUGUG